UCCUUUCCCAUGGAUCUUUCUGCCAGCACCGCUCUUCUCCUGACCAUCUCCUGCUGCCUGUGGAAUACGGAAGCCCGAAAUUACAACGAUAAGCUCACUGUACCAAAUGGGGGUCCCUGGGGUACCUGGGGCUCAAGGGAGUUUUGCUCUUACGGCUAUGCUAAUGGCUUCGCCCUAAAGGUAGAAUCAACUCAAGGGAAACGUGAUGAUACAGCUCUGAAUGGAAUCCGCUUGUACUGUACCGAUGGCAGAAAAAUUGAGUCUAGAGUUGGACCGUGGGGAACCUGGACCGUACCACAGUACUGCCGCUCAGGCUACCUGGUUUCUUUUUCUCUGAGAGUGGAACCACAUCAAGGAAAAGGUGAUGAUACAGCAGCUAACAACAUCCAGUUCACCUGCAGUUCAGGUCAAAUCCUGAUGGGCAAUGGCGAGCAGUGGGGUGAUUUUGGCCCAUGGAGCAAUCGCUGUCGCUCAACUGGUGUAUGUGGGAUCCAAACAAAGGUGGAGGCAAAUCAAGGCAGUGGUGAUGACACAGCACUCAAUGAUGUGGUUUUGUACUGCUGUUAAUGGCUGAUAUAUGUUUCCUCAUCUAUGCAUUUUCAAAGACUGUUAAUUAUAGUUCAAUAUUAACUUGAGAAUAGAGGGUAUGUUUGUGUAUAAUGUGGUAGUACAAGGUAACCACCACCCACGUGUGUCUUCAAAUUGGUUCAGAUUGGAGAGGGAAAAGGGUGAUGGCAGAAAUCUUAAGCAUUGCAAAUGAUUGACUGUCUCUUCUCUGUCAUUUUGAUUCAAGUCACAGCACCA